UCGGGUUAUGUCUUUUAGCCCUAUACUUCGCCGGCGCUGCCAACUGCCGAGGUUUUUCCCCUGAAGGGUUUCUCUUCUCUGAACUAUACAUUCCACUCUACAGAGAGGAGAGAUGUGGAGAUCGACGAUUACUGUAGGUAGAAAAGCUCUUCUCAGAAGGCUCGAAGCAAAAUUUAAGCAAUCCAUACUCCAAAGCGCUUCUCAGGUAUGCUACUCAAUUGAAUCUCCAUUGAAUCCAACUCCACAUUUCACUGCUUCCAGGAACUGCGUUUGUCAAUACUCGUUUAGGUUUUUCUCGUCAAAUCCCUCACUCGAUACCGAAGAAUCUGAGUUUUCUAACGCAGACGGCUCUGUGUCUGGUCAUUGGGCCAGCGCUUUCGAUGCGGAAAAAUCCGAGGAUGGAUCUUCCUCUGUUUUCGGUGAAGUCGAUGAUGGCUUCGCUGCUGCGAAUGAUUUCGCCGUCGAAAAUGGUGACGUUGUUAAGGCGGAUGGUGAGCCUGAGGUGUCUCUAGGAGAGGAGGGGAUGGAGAAGGUGGAGGAAGGUGAUUCUGUUGAGAAGCUGGAAAGAAUGUUGUCUUUGCUUCAGAGCAGUGGGAUGGUUGAGGGGUCCUUAGAGUCUAGCCUGGAGGAUAUUGGUUUGAAUGUUGAUGAGGAGCAUAUCAUAAAAGUGCUCGAAACCAAGUAUAUUCCUGGGGAGAAUUUGAUUGAGUUUUUCAGUUGGGCUUUGAGGAGACCUGGGAUGGCACUGAGUACCACCAUGGUUGAAAUGCUGACCAGGGCGAUAUGUAGUGGAGAAACAAUGAGAGAUGCCUAUGCUCUGUGGAAUUUGUUGAAGGAGCUUGGAGAAAAGGAGAUUGGAGUGUUGAGUACUGACAUACUGAACGAGUUGAUAUCUUUCUUUUCGAGGUUUGCUAAGGGCAAGGCAGCUUAUGAGGUGUUCAACAAGUUUGGGGAUUUUGGUUGUGAACCGAAUUCUGAUACAUAUUAUUUCACAAUAGAGGCUGUUUCUAGGCGCAAAAUUUAUGAUUGGGCCAGCACUGUUAGUGAGAAGAUGCUAGGUGCUCAAAAGUUGCCCAAUGCUUGUAGAGUAGGAAAGAUCAUUUCCUUUUUGUGUAAAGGAAACAAGGCUAGAGAUGCACAUCUUGUUUACAUGGCUGCAAAGGGGAACGGAGUUAGUCUUCCUCAGACUUCCGUUAAUUUAUUGAUUAAGUCUCUCUGUGACAAAGAUGAAGACGUUUACUCUGCGUUGGAGAUGGUGCAGGAAUUUUCAGAAGAUGAACGGAAGCAUGCCAUUUAUUCGUUUUCUUCAGUUAUUCAAGGGUUAUGUAGGCCUAAAGACGACGGGGAAAAGAAGGCACAUAGAAGCAAAGACGUUGAAGAGGCCAAAAAUCUGCUCCUGAAUAUGGUCGAUGCAGGUCCACCUCCAGGCAAUGGGGUCUUUAAUACAGUUAUUACUGCACUAUCCAAACAAGGUGAUAUGGAAGAGGCAACAAAGUCGCUGAAAAUGAUGGAGGAGAGGGGCCUGAAACCUGAUGUUUACACAUACACUGUAAUUAUAAGUGGUUAUGUGAGGAAGCUCGAGAUGGAUGAGGCUCGUAAAAUUUUGGGUGAUGCCAAGAAGAAACACUCUAAGCUGAGCUCAGCUACAUAUCAUACGCUUAUCCGCGGAUAUUGCAAGCUCGAACAGUUUGACGAGGCUCUUGCAUUAUUGAGAGAGAUGAAGGAGCAUGGUGUUGAACCCAGUGCGGAUGAAUACAAUAAGCUGAUCCAAUCUCUUUGCCUAAACGCUGUGGAUUGGGAAAAGGCUGAGAAGCUACUGGAGGAGAUGAAGGGGAAUGGGGUGCAUCUCAAUGCAAUUACAAAAGGUCUUAUAAGAGCAGUUAAGGAGAUGGAGCAGGAUGAAUUAGAAAGGAAAGAAAUGACAGUUGAUGCAUAAAUUCUACAAGAUAACUGUGUCCUGUGGUAGUAAAUUCUUGUAGCAUUUAGUAUUUUGACGAUAAUUGCAGGUGAGCUCUUAGGUUCUUUUUGUUUUCCUUGAUUACGUUUUCUCUUUGCAGAACGUUCAAAGCUUAGAAGAAGUAAGUUUUGUCUUUCUCCUAUGAUUGGCUAUUGGUGUUCUUCAUUUGCCAAUGCUAGCUCUAAAAUAAUCAAAAUAGUACUCCUUAAGUGGGAAGGGGUAAACAUAAUGAUCACGAAUCACAAUACUGUCUUGAUUUUUUUCCCUUA